CUAUAUAAGGAAUGAGGUCACAUAUUCUUUCUCUCUCUCUCUCUGUUCUCAAAGUUUUUUUUUGGAUCUCAGGGCACUUAGUGUAUUUGUUCACCAUUGUUCUUUGUGGUGGUGUUGGUGGUCGACUUAGAGAGUUACUACCCCAGUACUCACUGUGCUGAUCUUGCUGCUGCUGCUGCCGUGGUAGGAGAGCUGCUCGUAAGCUUUCUCAGCUAGGAAUGGGUCCAGGAGGCCCUGGUGGUCCAGGAGGGCUUGGAGGUCCUGGAGGACCAGUACCUGGCGGCCCUGGAUGGGGUCCUGGGCCUGGAGGACCUGGUUGGGGUCCUCCACCUCUAGGACCUGGAGGACCUGGUUGGGGUCCUCCACCUCCAGGACCUAGUUUCUGGCCUGGACCUGGUGGUUUCUUCGGUGGGAUUGGAAACUUCAUAUCUUGUUGCUUCUACUUCUUGUGCUGUUGCUGGCUGCUGAACGACUGCUUUGUUGGGCCCCCACCUCCAGGACCGCCUGGUCCACCUGGUCCUGUUGGGCCACCUCCCUUCUGAUGCUCAUAAUUUAUGCUAUGGAUGCCUCUGUAUGUGUGUGAAGAGAUUUGAUCUAGACUACUAAUAUUUUCUCUUUUCUUGGUAGAGUUGCUCUACCUUUAAAUGAGUGUAACCAUCUAUUU